CGAGAAUCCAAGUCCUGUGCGGAGGCAAGGUGAGGUGCCUGCAAGAAGACUGGGGGGACCCUGAGUGAGGACUGACAGAACCCCACAGAUCCCUGCCCCUGUAGUCGGCCCUGGGAGCCCUUGGGGAGCUCCAGGGCCCAGGAGGCCAAGGCGGAGGUCUGAGGCCGAUAUCCUGAGGUCAGAGAGCAGAGGCGGUCCAGGCAGUAUCAGGAGUUAAGGCAUCGCGCUCCUGGUGGAGAUGAGUGAGCUGAGCAAGCCGGAGGAAGACCUUCAGGACCCAGGCGAGGCCCAGGGCCCGGUGGAGGUGCAGCUCUUGGAGGCUGAGGUGGGGGAAGCUGCAUCCCUCUCAGCCUCCUCCCCUACAGUGUCCUCCUCAGCCCCUGGGGAGGCCUUGCCCCAGGAAGCUCUGAAGGAGAUGAUAACUAACCUGAUGAACUUCCUGCUCCUCAAGUAUCAAGCCAAGGAGUGUACCUCCCAGGCAGAAAUGCUGGAGAAGGUCCUCAAGGAUAACCAGGAGCACUUCCGGGUGGUCUUCAGACAAGCCUCGGAGUGCCUGCAGCUGGUCUUUGGCGUGGAGGUGACGGUGGUAUACCCCAGGGCGGACACCUACGCUAUGAUCCCUGCCCUGGGCCUCACCUGUGAUGCGAUGCAGAGCGGUGAGCAGGGCCUGCCCAAGGCCGGCCUCCUGGUGCUGGUCCUCAGUGUGAUCAUGAGGAAUGGAGACCCCACCCCUGAGGAGGUGGUCUGGGGAGCACUCAGCAGGAUGGGUGUGUGUGUUGGGAGGGAGCACUCCAUCUUUGGGGAGCCCAAGGAGCUGCUGACCCAAGUGUGGGUGCAGGAGGGAUACCUGGAGUACCGGCAGGUGCCUGACAGUGACCCUGCUCGCUACAAGUUCCUGUGGGGUCCCCGGGCCUAUGCAGAGACCAGCAAACAGAAAGUCAUGGCAUUUGUGCUCAGGGUCAGACAAAGGGCUUGGAGGUCCUUCGUGCUCCAGUUUGCAGAGGCUGCGAGGGAGGAGAAAGGACAAGGAGGCCUGAGCCAGAGCAGCAGCCAGUCUAAUCCUUCCCUCUGUGAUUAAAGAGGGAGUAUUCAGCCUUCUCAAAACUGAGGGCCUGGGCCAGUUGGGGGAGCCAUUGUGUAGCGUCUUUGGGUUCCUGCUCCUUAUGAUGACAGGCAGAUUCAUCUCUGUUUCUUUUAGAAAAUUGUCAAACUUGAAUUGUUUUAAUGGAAGGCUAAAUAAACUUCAGUGUCUCAGCUUUGUGAA